GGGUUACGUCAAGUACCGAAGUUCUCACCACUUUUAUCUCUACCACAUACUCACCACAACAGUGCUACAAUGUUUAUUUUUAUCUUAGUCUUACUGUCCUGCCUCCCCCCUACACUACCAUUUAAGGACUUCUCAACCCACACUCCAUACGAAUAUUCUCGAGGUGACAUAACUAAAGUUCAAUGGAGUGAUCAACUAGUCCCAACUAGGUUUUAUCUUAUUGCUAGACACGGCAGUAGACAUCUCGGAGCUAAACAUGUGAUAUUUAUGGAGACGUUUCUGGACAAGAUUCUGCUGGAGGACGAAGGAAUCAAGAGGCUUCCUUGGCUACGUACCUGGAAACGUCCAUAUUAUUUUCAGAUCUUCAUCUGGUGCCGCAAGGGAUGUUGGAACAUUAUCAUCUAGCUCAAAGAUACAAAAAGAAGUUUCCUGCCUUCUUCCCGCCUUACUAUCCAACCAAAUAUCAUAUCAGGAGUACCCACAUUCUUAGAACAAGUCAAAGUGCUGCCUCCUUCUUAUUUGGAAUUUUUGAAGGUAUGGGUCCCCUUAAUCAAUUCUCGUCACCUACAAAUCUAUCUACAGACGGAUUUCAGCCUGUCGGACUUGGGAUUGAAAGUGCAGAUGAAGAUAAACUUUUACGCUUCAUGGAUAAUUGUCCCGCUUAUACAAACUGUCCUAUGACGAAGAACGCAGGAUUAGAAGCAACUAAACUUCAGAAAUCAGAGAAAUACAAGAAGUUAGUCCUAGAUCCCAUAUCCGAGCGAGCCGGUUUCUCUUUAACAGUAGAGGACGUAGAGGGCCUGUACAACCUCUGUAACUUCGAGCACGUCUCUCCAACCGAGUCAAACAACUCUUCUUUUUGUGACCUGAUCCCGAGAUCAGCCUUCGCUCUGUUGGACUACUCACGUGACUUUUACGAGUACUACAGAUCCAGUUAUCCUAACAAACUUGGUUACGAACUGUCAUGUGUGGUACUGAAGGAUGUGCUGAGAGAGUUUGAGAGUGAGGAAUCUGCUACCGCCCUGCGGUUCGCUCAUAGUGAGACUAUAGUCCCCCUUAUCACCCUGCUAGGUAUCAACGAGGAUCAGGAUAUUAUCUACACUUGGGAUAAGGAGGAGUUCUGGAAUAGAACAACAAAGCUGAGCGAGCUAGACCCUUUUGCAACUAAUAUGGGGUUCGUUGUCUUCAGGAACUCAUCAUCAGAACAAGAUAUUAUCAAGAUAUAUUUGAAUGAGAGAGAAGUAAAGAUAACGGCGUGUGCAUCAUCAGAGGAGGGGUGUACGAGAGAUGAGCUACUUGACAUCGUCCGUGGAACUCUGGGACAAUGUGACCGAUCUGCUAUGUGUUUCGGAACUAAUGCCACAAACGAUGACGUCAUCAUUUCUUUAGUGGAUGAUGUCAUUGUCUCUAAAAGAGAUAACGAGAAUGAUAAUGUACAACCAAUGAAUGAGUCCACCUCAUUGACCUCUCAAUGUAUCUCGGAGAAGAAUGUGGGUUUGGCGGUGGCAGUAAAACUAGCUGACGAGAACAAAAUCCUGUUGGAUUUUAACCUGUUUGUAAUAAUGACGGGACUUAGUGGACUGUGUAUAGUGUUGAUGGGACUUGUUGCUUUUAACCGCAAGACAAUUAUUUCGAAUGGUGUCAAUAGUGGCUACCAUAAAUUGCCUUUCCUAGAUUCUUAAUGAUUAUUAAUGUGAGUUAAUGCUUACAUUAACUUAACAUUAAGAAAAAGUUAAUGUAAGCAUAAUUGGCCAGCCAACAUCUUGUGCAUCAACCUAACGAUGAAAGUAAAACGGUUUCAUAACAAAAAGUAAAUGAUAUUGACGUUAUUAUCCCAUAUAUGGUGUUAAACAUGAUACUGUAGCUUUCUCUUGCGAUAUCUCAGUGUAAUAACGUGGAUUAUGUACAUUUUACCCAUCUCUUAAA